AUGUCAAAAUCCGACCUUGAACAGAGCUCAGACAGCGAGGCAUAUGCUUGGACAGCCGCACCAGGGGCUACUACUAAGCCGACGAAAUGGCAACGGUUUAAAGCGCACAUGAAGAAAUGGUGGUGGGCAUAUUUGCUAGGGUUUUGCUGUGUUUUUCUAGUGGUGUUUCUUCCCCUUAUCUACGUGGGAAUACCUCACUUUGCAGACUCAUACAUCAACAGCUUCCAAUACGAUGAUAGUGGUCUUGCGAUCACUAACCCUCGACCAAACGCAUUCCAUAUCAGCCAAAAGAAAUCAAUCUCCAUGGGUGGUGGGUUCAGUGGCAGCGGCUAUCUGUCACCAUUCAAUGCAACCAUUCGUGUUCCCAGCAGCGGCGAGGAAUUUGCGGUCUUCCCUGUACCCGAGAUCAAAUUUGACGGCGGCACCACUCUUGACAUCGACCAGGAUCUGGACCUGUCCUGUGUCGAGUGCCUGUCGCAGUUGGCCGUUUCGGCGGCGACAAACAAGAGCUUCGCGGUGUUGGUGACGGGGCAACCUGAUUUGAAGUUCGGCGCUCUGCCAAAUGCUCAUUUGAACAUUCAUAAAACUAUGAACAUGAAUGGUUACAAUGUCACCGAGUUCGUCAAUGCUCCGGGUGCAUUCAACGUCACAAGUGUAGACCUCUUGAACAAUCCUGUGAACGGCUUCAAUAUUAAUGCCACCAUCUCUAUCCAAAAUCCGACACCUUUUAUUGUGGAAAUGGGCCAUGUCACCUUUAACCUCAGCAUGGCCGGCAAGUCACUCGGAUACGUCGACCUCCCUAACCUGAUGCUUGAACAACCUACCAGCAGCACUAUAGUUCUUGGGCAGAUCGACACGGGUAUGCUCAUUGAUCAAGCUGUAAACGGCGAUGGCGAGGGUUUUACAGUCACUAUCGAUGUCCAGGGGAACAGCUGCGAUUACAAUGGGCUGGACAUUCCAUAUUUCGCCGCAGCCAUCAAGGCUGUUCACGCAGCUGCCCUUGCCACGCUCACUGAUCUAUGUGCCGAACAAGGCCUCUUGAAACGUGUUGGUUUCAAAGAUGGAGAUCGACCGGAUGGUGUCACUGAUGAAACCGCCCUGCUGCGUUUCUUGCAGGCAAAUCAAAUGGUGCCUUCCAAUGCUCUUCUGCAAUUCCAAGAGGCAACCAAGUUCCAAACGGCCAACAGCGUGCUUCGCCUAUACAACCUGAUCAACGUCGAUGACUUUGAGGACACCAGAGGGAUGUAUCCACAUUGGACCGGCCGUCGUGAUAAUCAAGGAUGGCCCAUCGUCAUGCUCGAUUUGGCCUAUCUGAAUCAAGCUACAAUAGCACACUGGCGCAAGACUCGCGAUAUACCACAUGGCUGUCAUGAUUGCGACGAUACCACAAAUGUUACAGCUAACAUGGCACAACGUGCUUGCGUCGUUCACGAUUACUUGACCCGGUUUGUCUUUCCUCUUUGUUCGGCAAUGCCUGACCGACCCAAUCCAUCGAGCCCAAUUAGCAAAUCCAUAUAUAUUUUGGACGCCUCUCCGCUUUCACUGGGUCAGGUCUGGAAUUUGAGAGACUUUGCACAAGAGAUUAGCUGGAUUCUAUCAACCUGCUAUCCCGAGACAAUUGAGCGCAUCUUUAUGUGUAACGUGCCAUCAUACUUUGCUCAGCUUUGGGCUAUUGCAAAACGCUUUGUCCAUCCUGUCACAGCUGAUAAAAUUCAAAUUUUAAGAGAGGGAGAGGUAUACGACACCUUGAGCACGCGCAUCAGCCAUGAGAACAUUCCGAGUCAAUUUGGGGGCAACUUCAAGUUCAUAAAUGGCAUGGUCCCAGAUUUGGAACCCGCAAUUUGUCAAACCCUACGUUGGUCCGCCUCAAACGAAAACUUGCCGUCAGGGCCGAUUAAGUGGACAGAAGAUAGUUCAGGACAAAUGAAGGCUGUAGCUACCGGAACAGCGAAUGGGAAGCAAAGGACGGAGGAGGUUGCUGUAUUGGAGCUAAUUGGCUCAAGCUGA